AUGUCUCUCCAUCUCCCUGCCUCAAGUCUUCAGGCUACAUCCCCCGCAGAAUCUGACAUCGAUGCUAGUUCUGCAUCCUCAGUGACAGGGAGCGACUAUGCCGAUGAGGACAACAACUUUGACGACUGGGUCUCGGAUCAGAUGGAGGCGCAGCCUUGUCGUUCGCUGUUUGAGGAUAAGACUCUCCCAAGUGCCGGCGAAGCAUUGAAAUACGAUGAGGAGACGUAUGGAUUUGGGUUGGAUGCUGUUUGCGAGAAGCUUGCUCUGGAUGCGUAUGGGCGGAUACGGCUUAUCAACUUCAUUCGCAAAACGAGGCCGUCGGCGAAGGAUAUGCAGAACUUGAUGGGCUCGGAGGCCUUUCUAUCCGCAGACGAAUAUCUUAUCCCCUCCGUUGAAGAUGACCCUCUCCUUCAACCCGACCCUGACUCCUGGUCUUCUGACGAGGACGAAGCGCCCCUAGCUUCGUCCAGCUUCAAAGCCAAGUCAAAAGCCCCAGCAGAUACACCAAAGGACCUCCCGGGAGCACUCAAACGCGUGCGUGCUCUGGAGGCUAAGCUUUCAGCAGCACGUCAGGACAUGGCCGACUACCGCAAGCUCGUCGCGCAACGGCUAGACGCGGCGCGGCUGGCAGACAUCGCUGCUGAGCCAGGACCAUCGGCGUCUGGUGCAAGUGUAGCAUCGGUAAGAGACGAUGAUACUCAUUAUUUCGAGAGCUACGCGGCCAAUGACAUUCACGCUGUGAUGAUCCAAGACAAAGUCCGAACGUCGACGUACGCGUCAUUUAUCCUGCAGAACCCGAUGCUGUUCCGCGACGCGAUCGUUCUCGACGUUGGGUGCGGGACUGGCAUUCUCUCGCUUUUCGCGGCUCGUGGUGGAGCACGGCACGUGUAUGCGGUCGACGCUAGCGGAGUUGCGGAGAAGGCGAAGGCGAUUGUGAAAGAGAAUAAACUGGAGGACAAGAUUACCGUCAUCCAUGGCAAAGUUGAAGACAUCACCCUUCCCAACGGCGUCGACAAGGUCGACAUCAUCAUUUCCGAAUGGAUGGGAUACGCACUCCUAUACGAGUCGAUGCUCGACUCGGUUCUUCGCGCACGCGAUCGCUUCCUCAAGCCUGGAGGGGUGCUUGCUCCAAGCCAGGCUCAUAUGGCGCUCGCGCUAUGUGAGGGAAGCGAAAUAUGGAAAGAGAGGAUCGGAUUCUGGGGAGAUGUGUACGGGUUUGAUCUGUCGGAGAUGGCCAAGUGCGUGUAUGAAGACGCGGUUGUGGACGUCGUUGGCCCCGAGUCGAUAAUCAGCGCACCCUGCGUGGUUAAGGACAUUCUUAUCUCGCAAAUCACACCCGCCAAACUCGACUUCUCAGCGCCAUUUUCACUCACAUGUACUUCCGACCGGCGGACUAAGAUCCGUGCCCUCGUGUUGCACUUCGACAUCUUCUUCACGACACACGGCCGACCCAUCCCUCCGGGCACGCAGGUCCACCUCAUUCCAGAGGGCGAAGCCGCGCUCGCGGAGGUCUGGCCCGUCGGCGGACGGCCACCGCAGCGCCGCUCUUCGCAGGGAGGCGGGCUCAAGCGGCGGUCGUCGCUUGCCCCUGUCGAAGGCAGCUUGCAGUUCGGCGGAGUCGAUGGAGAGGCGAGGGUGGUAGUGGACGAGGCAGAGGAGAAGCGGAAGGCGGAGGCAGCGCAGCGCGAGAAGGAGGCGGCGCGUGUAACGAGCUUUAGUACGGGCCCGAGGAGCGUGCCGACGCAUUGGAAGCAGACGAUAUUUUUCUUGAGGGAGCCGAUUGUUGCUGGUGAUGGUACUAUCGUGCGGGGAACAUUUAGCUGCAAAAAGGCGGACGAUAAUUCGCGCGAGCUAGAUGUCGAGAUUCACUAUGCUGUUCAGCAGCCCGGCGAGGAUGCCUUCGGAGACGUUAUUGUACAGAUGUACAAAGUGCGGUGAAGCUUCUGAUCUUUGUAGAAAUGAACAGUCGGUGAAGUUGAAAUGUAUGCUCUACGAUUUCUUGUAUCUUGAUGUAUGGACUCGUCUUCGGGGACGUGUGUUUCGUUGCC